AUGGAAAUAAGCACAGAGCCUAUGGAAGAAAGUCCUGAGAAGGUCCAAACUAGUCCUCCAAUGCAAGUAGUACGGGUACCAGUGAAGCAUGCAAAUCUUGGAAUAAGAAGCCAUGCUAUGGACAUGAGUACAAUGGUAGAACUUACUUCCUUUAGUACACUUGGGAAGAUACAACCUUUUUUAGUUACAAUAACAACUACUGCUGCUUUGCUAGUAGACUUACAUUGCCAUUUAACAGAUAAAGAAGUUUGUGGCUAUCUUGGUGGUCACUGGGAUAUUAAUUCACAUAAUUUGUCAAUAUCAACUGCCUUUCCAUGCCGGUAUUCUGGUAAAGACAAAUCAGCUGCAGCUGCAGUUGAGGCUGAAAUUGCAAGAGCUAUGGAAUGGAAGCGGGUCACUCUAGUUGGAUGGUAUCAUUCUCACCCUAGGUCUCAUGCAUCUCCGUCACUCAGAGAUGUUGACUCUCAGUUAGAUUAUCAGAUUAAAAUGAAAGGGCCUAGUGAUAAUGGAUACACUCCAUGCGUAGGAUUAAUAUGUUCUCCUUACAACACUGAUGGCAGUUGCUAUGAAUCUAACUUCAAUGUUUUUUGGUCUUUGCCACCCCCUGAAAAUCGACCUCAUGAAUAUCCAAGGCCAAUGCUGUUAAGUUACACAUUAUCUCAAGAACACUUUCUUUCUCAAGACACAUUAGAAGAAAUAAGAAGAUGUAUAGAAUAUUAUAGAAGUGAGGGAGGUAUUGAUUUUACUGCCAAUUUUAACAACAAUACAACAUAUCUUGAACGUUUGAGGUGUUCUCUCGCGUCAAAAUUACCGGGACGAAAUAGAUCGAAUGGUUCUUAUUGGGAUGUAAUUAGAGAAAUGAUUUGUCCUGGUUCUGAAGAUGAAACUUGCCCAGAAUUUCUUGCUGUGAAAUUUCCACUGGUACCAGUCUCAGAAUCACUUAUUCCUUCAGUUCCACCAGGAGUUGGACUUGCACCCAAUAAUGCAGCUGUCUUCCUUACUCCUGUGAACUUUAAACCUGAUAGUGCAAUAAUUACUCCCACAUCUAAGCCUUUUGUAAUGCAGCCAUCCACUUCUAGAGAUAGUAUUAAAAAAGAUAGUAUCGUAACUACAGAUUCUGCAUCAAUCACACAGAUCAAAGAUGGAAAUUCUACAACAUCUAAGCAACACAUAUCGCCCACGGAAGUAAUGCCCAGCUUUCAGUCUGGAGAAUUGACUGUCUCUGUAAAGAAUACGAAAUGUGACUACGAUUUUCCACCAGCUGAUUUUUCCAAGAUGCCGAAUCCUCUCGGGACAGAUAAUGGUGUUAAUAAAACACGUUCAUCUACAACGCCCGAUUUUCCUUUAGCGGACAUAACUCAACAAAUUUCGAAGUUCUCGGACUUAACGAAGUUGGCAAAUUUUUCUACUGCAGAUCUAGCGAAGCUUUCCGGCUUUUCCAUUGCAGAUUUUACAAGAACAUCGUCGCCUUCGCCAUCUACGUAUAUGCGUAAUAUUGCAAAUUUAUUUGGACCAAUUGGUAAAAUUUCUCCUGCGAGAGACAUUGAAGGAAACGAACGUAAACCAAGCGAUUUCACAAUAGUGGACUCCAUUCAGUCGCCAUUUAAAUCGGCUUCUAAUUCUUCGGAAUCUUGUAGGAAUUUUCCUGAAGAUUAUUCAACCGAUCGAAAGAAACUGGAUAUACAAAACGAUAAUACUAAAUUGAAUAGAUCAAAUGAGUAUCAAGGAACCGAAGAUCUGUCGAUCUCAAACGUUAAGUCAGAUUUUGGUGGAAUGUUAGACAUGACGACAUUGCAUAAGAAGCAACAAUCCCAAUCCAGCGAUAUUGUCGAUUCGCUAAACUUAUCGAAGGAUCGCCAAUAGAUUCACCGUAAUAAUCAGUAUUUUGCAAUUGUGAUUAUUUCUAUACGUUUGUAUGUUGUAUCGUAUGUCUGAGAUUAACUAUCUAUUAUAUAAACGUAUUCAACGUGAUUUGUACAUUUAUGUUUACUACUGGCGCCAUGUUUUCUGCGUGAUUAAGUUAUUUUGUU